AUGAACAAACUGAAAACUGCACAACGCGACAAAGUGCGAGAUUUUAUGCAAUGGACACAAAGCAAUGAAAAAACGGCAAUUCAUUGUCUGAGUAGUCAGAACUGGAAUCUGGAGUUAGCCUGCGAUGCUUAUUACCAGAAUCCACAAUUGUAUAUGUGUAUGGCAGAUAUGGUUGACCAAAGAAGUCUUCACGCUUUUUUUCUCAAAUAUGCAAAUAAUAGGCAGGACAAUGACCCAUCAUGUAUCGGACCGCAUGGAAUGCUGCGCUUCCUAACAGAUCUUGGUUUAAAUCCAGCUGAUCGAAGUGUAUUGAUAUUAGCUUGGAAACUCAAAGCAAAGACUCAGUGCGAGUUUACCUGGGAGGAAUUCAGUACCGGUCUCAACGAGAUGAAAGUAGAUUCUUUGGAGAAAUUGAAAGCAAAAAUGCCAACGCUAAGCGAGGAACUUAGGAACCCUAUCAGUUUCCGAGAUUUCUAUCAAUUUACUUUCAAUUACGCUCGUGCAUCUCCACAGAGGACGUUGGAAGUAGAGACGGCGAUUGCUUAUUGGGAAAUUGUUUUCGGCGGCAAUUUCGGUUAUCUUCCUUUAUGGACUAGUUUCCUUCGAGAAAAGGAAGUGAAAUGUAUACCACGUGAUACGUGGAACUUACUCCUUGAUUUUUCUUUGACGAUUGCGCCAGAUUUCAACAACUAUGAUGCAGAAGGAGCAUGGCCUGUUUUGAUUGAUGAAUUUGUAGAAUAUGCAAGAAGUAAAAUACAGUCAUAG